UGAGGAGGGGCGAGAGGAAAAAGCACCUGUAGCGGAUCUGCUUGGUCAUCACUUGUUCGCUUUACAGGAUCACUCGCUCACACAGCUUUCAUCCUGAAGUCUGCUUGAGAUUGUUGGACAAGUUAUUUUUUCCUCUCUUCCUCUUCUUGCACAAUGGUCCAAGUUGAGCGGCGCACCGCGGCUUUCCUGCGCCAACUUGUUCUGGCACUUUGCGUGGCAUCAGCUAUCAUGGGCACAGAAGUAAACUCCAACACCGAUACUACAGAAACAACAACCAUCUCAACCACGACUACUGUAGCUACAACACCUGUCAGUGAUACGACAACUCAGAUUGGCUCACUAAAUACGACAGUAAUGCCAAACACUAUUACAACACACUUUACAACACCAGAUAAUAGUGCUGCUACUACACCCAACAUCACUACGCCCAUAUCAACCACCACCACUGAAGCAUCAAUCAUCAGCACUACGUUAUCAGAUGUCGACACUACAACCAAAAACAUCAACAGUAUGACCUCAGGCUCUACUGCUACAACCUCUAACAUCAACACUACACCCACAUCCACACCUGACAGUACCAACACACCAAUCAUCACUGCUACAACCUCAAACAUCACCACUACACCUGCACCUGACACUGACAGUACCAACACACCAAUCAUCACUGCUACAACCUCAAACAUCACCACUACACCUGCACCUGACACUGACAGUACCUAUACAUCAAUCAUCACUGCUACAACCUCAAACAUCACCACUACACCUGCACCUGACGCUGACAGUACCUAUACAUCAACCAUCACUGCUACAACCUCAAACAUCACCACUACACCUGCACCUGACACUGACAGUACCUAUACAUCAACCAUCACUGCUACAACCUCAAACAUCACCACUACACCCACAGCCACAUCCGAUAGUACUUACACACCAAACAACACUGCUACAACCUCUAACAUCACCACUACAUCCACACACACACUUGACAGUACCUACACACCAAUCAUCACUCCUACAACCUCAAACAUCACUGCUACACCCACACCAGACAUCACUGCUACACCCACAAUAAACAUCACUGCUACACCCACACCAAACAUCACUGCUACAACCUCAAACAUCAGUGCUACACCCACACCAGACAUCACUGCUACACUUACACCAAACAUCACUGCUACAACCUCAAACAUCACUUCUACACCCUCACCAGAUAUCACUGCCACAACCUCAAAUAUCACUGCUACACCUACACCAAACAUCACUGCUACAACCUCAAACAUCACUUCUACACCCUCACCAGACAUCACUGCUAUAACCUCAAACAUCACUGCUACACCCUCACCAGACAUCACUGCUACAACCUCAAAUAUCACUGCUACACCUACACCAAACAUCACUGCUACAACCUCAAACAUCACUGCUACAUCCACACCAGACAUCACUGCUACAACCUCAAACAUCACUACUACACCCACACCAAACAUCACUGCUACAACCUCAAACAUCACUGCUACACCUACACCAAACAUUACUGCCACAACCUCAAACAUCACUGCUACACCUACACCAAACAUUACUGCUACAACCUCAAACGUCACUGCUACACCUUCACCAGACAUCACUGCUACAACCCCAAACAUAACUGCUACACCCACACAAAACCUCACUGCUACACCAACACCAAACAUCACUGCUACAACCUCAAACUUCACUGAUACACCCACACCAAACACCACUGCUACAACCUCAAACAUCACUUCUACAACCUCACCAGACAUAACUGCUACAACCUCAAACAUCACUGCUACACCUACACCAAACAUUACUGCUACAACCUCAAACAUCACUGCUACACCAACACCAAACAUCACUGCUACAACCUCAAACAUUACUGCUACACCCUCACCAGACAUCACUGCUACAACCUCAAACAUUACUGCUACAACCUCAAACAACACUGCUACACCAACACCAAACAUCACUGCUACAACCUCAAACAUCACUGCUACACCCAUACCAGCCAUCACUACUACAACCUCAAACAUCACUGCUACACCCACACCAAACAUAACUGCUACACCCACACCAAACAUCACUGCUACACCAACACCAAACAUCAAUGCUACAACCUCAAACAUCACUGCUACACCCACACCAAACAUCACUGCUACAGAAACACCAAACAUCAAUGCUACAACCUCAAACAUCACUGCUACACCCACACCAAACAUCACUGCUACACCAACACCAAACAUCAAUGCUACAACCUCAAACAUCACUGCUACACCCACACCAAACAUCACUGCUACAGAAACACCAAACAUCAAUGCUACAACCUCAAACAUCACUGCUACACCCACACCAAACAUCACUGCUACACCCACACCAAACAUCACUGCUACACCAACACCAAACAUCAAUGCUACAACCUCAAACAUCACUGCUACACCCACACCAAACAUCACUGCUACAGAAACACCAAACAUCAAUGCUACAACCUCAAACAUCACUGCUACACCCACACCAAACAUCACUGCUACACCAACACCAAACAUCAAUGCUACAACCUCAAACAUCACUGCUACACCCACACCAAACAUCACUGCUACAGAAACACCAAACAUCAAUGCUACAACCUCAAACAUCACUGCUACACCCACACCAAACAUCACUGCUACACCCACACCAAACAUCACUGCUACACCAACACCAAACAUCAAUGCUACAACCUCAAACAUCACUGCUACACCCACACCAAACAUCACUGCUACAGAAACACCAAACAUCAAUGCUACAACCUCAAACAUCACUGCUACACCCACACCAAACAUCACUGCUACACCCACACCAAACAUCACUGCUACACCAACACCAAACAUCAAUGCUACAACCUCAAACAUCACUUCCACACCCUCACCAGGCAUCACUACUACAACCUCAAACAUCACUGCUACUCCUACACCAAACAUUACUCCUCCAACCUCAAACAUCACUGCUACACCUACACCAAACUUCACUCCUACAACCUCAAACAUCACUGCUACACCCUCAAACAUCACUGCCACACCCUCACCAGGCAUCACUACUACAACCUCAAACAUCACUGCUACACCUACACCAAACAUUACUCCUACAACCUCAAACAUCACUGCUACAACUAAACCAAACAUCACUCCUACAACCUCAAACAUCACUGCUACACCUACACCAAACAUUACUCCUACAACCUCAAACAUCACUGCUACACCUACACCAAACAUUACUCCUACAACCUCAAACAUCACUGCUACAACUAAACCAAACAUCACUCCUACAACCUCAAACAUCACUGCUACAACUACACCAAACAUCACUCCUACAACCUCAAACAUCACUGCUACACCCUCAAACAUCACUGCUACACCCUCAGCAAACAUCACUACUACAACCUCAAACAUCACUGCUACACCCACACCAACCAUCACUGCUACACCCUCAAACAUCACUGCUACACCCACACCAACCAUCACUGCUACACCCUCAAACAUCACUGCUACACCCACACCAAACAUCACAACUGGGCCUCCGGUUCCACCUAUUCCAACUACCACACCAGCUACCUGUCCAGCCGUACCCUGUCCACCUCUCACCAUGUGUGUGAACUCCAUCUGUGAGUGCCUGCCUGGAAUGUUCUUGUCACAAGGCCAGUGUCUUGAAGGAAAAGUAUUUCCAGGAGCGCUGCGCUUAACAAAACAAACUUUUACAUCUAAUAUGAGUGAUCCUAACUCUAAGGAAUUUCAAGAGAUGGCCAAUAUGAUCAUUAAUUUGCUAGAGAAGAGCUUAAGUAAUUCAAAUGGCUACGUAAAAUCUAUAGUUCUGAAACUAACUAACGGCAGUGUGGUGGCUACAGUGAACAAUGUGUUUCAGUUGAGCUCUAACGCUACAGUACAGUCUGUAAUACAGUCUGUAACGAAUACCCUUAAGGAUAUCCCCGAUGCUGAAUAUAAAACUACGGAUCUCUGUGAUCAGAAUCCAUGUGACACCAGCACCACAACGUGUAGUAAUAAGCCGGAUGGCACUACUACAUGCAAAUGCAACCCGGGCUACAUAUCGAAUGCCUUUUCUACAAAAAGUUGUACAGCCUGUCCCAGUGGCCAGAGAGCAGAUGAUGGCCAAACAUGUGUGCCGUGUGCGUUUGGUUAUUCUGGCUUCAACUGUAAUGACUCGGCGUUGUUGGCGUUGGUGGUGGUUGCCGUCGUUUUAGGAGGCAUUUUGCUCAUCUUGGUUUUUGCCCUCAUCACCUUCUGUGUGCUCCAACGGGGAAAGCACACCUCCAUCCACAACAGUCCUUACUCUUCAGAUAACAUCCAGAUGUGGCCGUCCCACAACAUCUCUCCCAUCCCUCGCGCGUCUCUCGGCAACAAUGCUAACACGGACACCUAUGGUACAGAGAUGCCCAUGCCAGAUAAUUUAAAACCCAGCAAUGGGUUGAAGCUAAGAGGAAAGGUGGGCUCCUAUGAUCUCAUGCCGUUAGAAGACAACUUAAAAACGUUUAAAGGCAAAAUCCCUUCACGUUAUUCCUACUUGGUCGAGGGUCAUGAAAACCCUUACUUCAAUACAGAAGACGAGGAAACGACAUCAUCCUGAUUGGAGAAAAGACAAGACGAGACGAGAUGAGCCGAGACGAGGGGACACUGUUUGAUAAGUAGGACACUCGGAGAUGACAAAGUUUCGUCGUUUUUUUUUUUUUAAAGCAAAUACAAAUGACUCUUU